GUCGACCCCCAGGUCACAGAUCCACCCCCCCUCGGGACAAAGACCACUCUGUGGGUCCCCCUGCCAGGACCUCCCCCUCAGCUGAAGCCUCAAAUACCUGAACAGAAACCAAACCAUGAUAAGCUGCUGCUCAGGUGUCACCUGAUAGCCAAUAAGACCUGGACCCAAGGGGCUAAAGGUGCCCCCCCCACCCUUCUCUUCAGCUCCAUCUUCUGCCCGGACCCAGAGACCAGCCACCCAAACACAGUUCACAUGAUGGAUUGUCUCGGCCUCCGCUUCACCUGGCUCCACUCGCUCUUCGAUAAUUCGCCCUCGCUGCUGAAUUUUGCGUUGAAGCUCCGCUGUGCGUCGGGUCUUUGUCCGCGUGACCUGGAAGAUUACGGCUGCUCCUGCAGAUAUGUGGCAGCUGGGAACCCCGUGGAUCCUCUGGACGUCUGCUGUGAGACUCACAGGUUGUGUUACCAGAAUGCUGCCCCCUGCAGACAGGAGCUGCCUCUCCUGCCAAACAACUUCACCUGUUCAGCAGCAAACACCACCUGUGACGCUGCUGAUCGGUGCCAGCAGAGGUUUUGUGAAUGCGAUCAGGCCGCCAUUGACUGCAUGACUCAGAGCUCAUACAACUCUUCACUAAGAGGCCUCGCUGAGUCGUCCUGCUCCGCUACAAAUCACACAGAUCCGCUCAGCGGCACCGACGAAGCCUUCAGAGGAGCAGAUGUUCUCUCAGCAGUGAACGAGUCACUGAGCUUCCUGCUCUCCAACUCUUCCCUCCUGUCAGCAGCAGAGAUGGACCUGCUAAUGACCAGCAGAGUAGAUAACCAGAGUGACACCGCUGGAAUGUACAGUGACCUCAUCACCCCACCGCCGGGCCUGCCGCCCCUCCCGCUGACGCCUGCGGAGGAGUUUGAGGAAGGUACCGGUGGUGCAGAGGAGACAGAAGAAGAAGAAGAAGAGAAGAUGCACCUGAGUUCUGUCUCUAAAGAUUUGAAUGAAACUGUGACGGAAGAGGAGCUCGAGCAGGAAGAGACGACCCACAAUCCUCCAGCACGCAGCGCGGCUUCAGAUUCGUUCGACCUUGACGGAGAAACUCUGAGCGAAGCAGAACUGGAGACGACCGAACUCUCCUCGCUGAGCUCCGCUGAUGAAAACAUGGAGACGACUCAGACUGUAACACCACCAUCAUCAUCAUCAUCACACCCCACCGACGUCACACCGUCCACUCGGACUACAACUCCUCUGAGGACUACAACUCCUCUGAGGACUACAACUCCUCUGAGGACUACAACUCCCAGAGAGCUGACGUCAACCACCCCGGCGGAGUCAUCUGAGGAAGGUUCAGUCAUAAAAUCACUGAUCAGACCAACAAUCACAACUCCACCCACAUCCAACACGACGUCUGUGAUGUCAUCUGAAGAAGAAGGAGAGGAAGAGGAGGAAGAAGAUGGAAAAGAGGAUGAUGAUGAUGAUGAUGAUGAUAAUGAUGAUGAUGAAGGGGAGCAGGAAGCAUCAGAUGAGCAGGGUGGAGAAAGUGUCACCUUUGCACCGACUUCAGCUUCAGAGCAGCGAGGAGAGAAGGAUGUCGAGGAGAACACAAGCUCUCUGAGGGAGACUGAAGCAGCCACUUUCCCGGACCCAGAGAUUAUCACCAGGGCAACAACAGAGUCUCCAACGAGAAGCUCGCUCCCAGAAACCAAACCGGUCAGAAGCAGCGCCGCGUCGCCCACCACUGCUGACGGUUCAUGGGAAGACUUCACACCGUCUGCAGCUGCUGUUCCUCUCCGUCCCCUGAGCCAAGUUCAGGAGCCUCAAACAUCCACAACAACCACAUCUUCCACGAGAACCGUUUCCCAGGUGACACAAGGAAGACCGGUCACCUCCAUCAAACCACGAUCAGGUAUCGACACGUCCGCCAGAACCACGACAACCAAGGCCGAAUCUGAGGAGGAGGAGAGACAGGAAAAGACCAGAACGACAGACAAACCUCCAUGUGAGGACGGAGAACUGACAGACAGCUCGCAGGAGAAAGACACAGACGACUGGGAUGUGGCUCAGAAGAGGACGGUGCCGUUCUUCGCCUGGUCCCUGCUGGAGUCUGUUGGGUUGACAGACAUACAGCUACAACCGGACAGCAGAGAAUGCAGCCGCUCCUUCACCGUGUACGGCAGCGACGGGCGAGCCAGGCGGGAGAUGGCGGCGCUGGGGGAGAUGCUUCACUGUCUGACGGGACGAUGCCCGCAUGAGUACGAGAUGUACGGCUGCUACUGUGGACAGGAGGGCGGCGGUCAACCUCUGGACCAGCUGGACAGGUGUUGUUUCUUCCAUCACUGCUGCCUGAAGCAGAUCAGCUCUAUGGGCUGCAGGUCGGAGAGGAAGCUCAACGCUCAGAUCUCCUGCCAGAACGGGAAACCACGAUGUCAGGGUGUCUCUGCAUGCGACAAGCUGCAGUGUGUGUGUGACAGAACGACCGCAGAGUGCAUGGCGGCGGCACAUUUCAACCACAGCCUGCCGUCGCAGCGGUGCAGCGGCCCCGGACCCAACUGCCGCCGCCACGCCAGCAGACCCCCCAAAAAACCGCGGCUUUCCCCUCAGUCCAGCGAGGAGAGCGAUGAGCAGCAGGGAGGAAGAUCUGACGUGAACGUACAGGACGCAUCGAUGGAUACGAACGCAGCUCCACCUCGCCAACCUGCCAACAGUGAUGAAAGCUCUGACCUGAAGGACGAAGAGAAGAAAGAACCUCCGGCCGGAUCACCUGCUGACCCGACACGUCCUCCUCUUCCUCCUCCUCCUCCUCCUGAUCUUCCUCCUCUCUCCAGCGAGGAGAGCAGAGAGGCGCCGACACACAGCGAAGUUCAAACCCACAACCAGAGACCAGCGAGUGCAGGUCAGAGCCAAGAUCACCGACCGGCCGGGACACCAGAGGCCAAAGGUGAAGAGGAGGAGGAGGAAGAGGAGGAGGAGGAGGAAGGGGGAGGAGAGGAAGAGGAAGAAGGGGGAGGAGAGGAAGAGGAGGGAAACUAGAGGAGAAUGUAUGAAAUGCUGCUUUUCAGUGGAAGCUUUGGGGCGUCGCUGUUUAAACGAGUCAUAAUUUAUAGAAAUAAAAAAAAAAAUCAAAUAUUUACUUUGAUUUUCUUUAUAAAUUUGUGAACCAGAAACAUUUUAUAGAAACACAUCAAGAGAAGAGAAAGUGAGAGAAGUGACUGAUGGAGCUGCAGUGAUUAAUUGAUGAGUCAAUCUGCAACAAUUAUGAUAAUCAAUGAAGUGUUUCAAUCAUUUUUCAACACGUUCCAGCUUCUUAAAUGUGAAUAUCUUUGAAUAUUUUUGGCUUUUGGACUGUU